AUGAUUCGAUUGGCUUUAAUGACUACAGCUUAUACUCAAGAUCUUGAAGGGAAUCCAUUGCUUGAUGAAACAUCUUAUAAUUUGGCAACAAUAUAUGAUAUUGGUGCUCGGUCCGUGAAUCCUGAGAAGACUGUUGAUCCAAGAUUGGUUUAUGAUUUAACUUCGAAUGAUCAUAUGAAUUUUCUAUGUGCAUUUAUUCGGCGAAACUUACAACUGAUUGCUAGGAGGCCUGCGAGUUACGGGAAUAAUCAAUCUAAGCCGUGGAAUUUAAAUUAUCCAGCCAUUUCAGUUGCUUUUGAAGCUUCCAAACCGUUGGAUUUGGCUAUUGUUGUUAAUAGGACAGUUACACAUGUUAGUGACAAUGCUAGCUACAGUGUGAGUUUGACAAAUCCUAAAGGUGCAAUUGUUACCGUAACUCCAUCAAAAAUGGAUUUUGAAAUGAAUGGUGAAAAGCAGUGUUAUAUGGUCAAGAUCAAGGCUAGGAAGUUGGCAGCAUCACCAAGAUAUUCAGUGGGGAAGAUAAUUUGGUCAGACGGGCCGACACCGAAUGGUUUCGCCUGUGUUGGUUGUAUGGCGGAAAUGGCAUUCAUUGGGAUUUUAUAUCUUUUGUUUCUGUUAUAUAGUUUUAGAAAGGGGAAAAAAAAAAAAAGCAACGAGCACUCUUCCCUCCUCCAACGAGUCGAUAUGCUGAUAAAAGCAACUCCAUUUGAUCCAUCGUUUACAACUUGCAAAAUAACAUGUCAAAAGGAGAGCUUUGUAGAAAAGCUUUUCAUUGAGUAA